AUGGGGAACAUUUUCGUGAAGAAGCCCAAGGUCACGGACGUAGAUAGGGCCAUCCUCUCCCUCAAGACGCAGCGCCGCAAGCUCGCUGACUAUCAGAAGAAGGUGCGUGCUCCGGCUCCCUAAUUUCAUAUGGUGGCUGGUAGGCUUCAUGAGUUUUUUUUCCCUCUCUAGCGCGUGUCGUUCGAUUGGAUUCGGACGCUUACUUUGAUUGGUCGAAUGGCCUAAUUUAUACGUUCCAGUGAUAGGAACUGAUCGAACAUUGUUGAUUCUGGUUGAUCAUGUGUCGAACGUAAUUCUUUACCAAUUCAGAAAUCUAGUUUUCGUGUCUUUCUUUUGUGGACUUCCAUCCGAUACUACUCUCUUGUGUAUGCGUUUAAUGUUCUAAGUUUCAGUCCUUGUGGAGAACGUAAACUCGAUCUACUCUACCAUGAUAUAUGCAUGCGUCGCUGUGGCCUGGCACCAUAGGCGAUUGAGAAUUAUAAUUGCUAAUAUCAUUAUUAUUAUCAAUUUUAUUUGUUUUCCUUCUAUGAUGACGAUGAACAAGAUGAGGAAAAGAUGAAACGAGGGAAAAGAGAUAUAGAUAUCACCUGUAAUUACACAUCCAACAUGUUGAUCUGCUUUAGAGUCCGUAAUUCUUAAUAUACAGUGGAUGUUAUGGUGUAAUUUUAGAAUUUAACUGAAGAUCAUGUUUGGUAUGCAUGAUUGCAUCAUAUAGAUGCUGGCUAUGGAGCACUGGGUAUCUUAGUCAUUUUUCUCUUGUCACAUUGAGAAGGCUUUAUAUAAUUAUUUUCAACCUGAUGAAUUUAUCUAUCACUAAGGCCUGGAAAGAGGUCUUGUGUUUGCCUGACAUUUGACGGAAAGAUGAAGGUUGACUUCGCACUGGUUUUAUGUGGUGGCUUAGCAUUCUCUGUUUAUGAAUGUAGAUGCUUGAAAAUAGCGUAUCAUAAUAUCACAACUAACCAUUUCCAGGACUAUGUUUUCAGAGUGAAAAAUAGUGCCUCUUGGAAUCCGAAGUGCAAUGAAGCCAUGACUUUGAUUAGUGUUUUCAAUAUAAACUAUAUUUAAAAAAUCCUGGUUAGGCAGAAGAGAGAAUGCACGUUUUCCAAGAGUGCAACAAAAGAUCAAAAAAUGAAAUCAUCAUAAAGCGUUAUUCCAUUUACUGUGUAUUAUGAUCAUCUCGUCGAAUAAGUUGUUUGCAAAAGCUGAUUUGGUAUUAAUUACUGGUACCUGAGUUUGCUUGUUUCUGUUAUUUAUUUAUUGUUUUAUGUCAAACCAUGGAUAGAAAACUAGCUGAAAUGGAUAAAAACGAGGUUCUGGACUGGGAUUGGCAUAACAAAUCAGCUGCGAUGAUUUGUAUAUGAGCAAGUGCCAGCCAUUUCGUGUACUAAUUGUGGCUUUUCUCUUCAAAACUUUUCAGCUGGAGGAUGUCAUUGAAGCUGAGAAGCAGGCUAUUAAAGAGUUAGUUAGAGAAAAGAAGAAAAGCAGGGCUUUACUUGCCCUAAAAAAGAAGAAAGCCCAAGAGGAAUUAUUAAAACAAGUUGAUAACUGGCUAGAUAAAGUUGAGCAGCAGGUAUGUCUCUCAUACCGAAAUUUCACUUGGAAUUAUUAUUUGGUUUUUGGUCUCCUAUUUGGGGUUUUUUCUUGUUUUCUAACUAUCAGUAUGAAAUUCGAAUGUCGAUCUGGGUUUAACAUGUUAGAGGAUGAGAUUUCGCUGUUCAUACUUUCUUCCUUCAUUUUAGUUGGCAGAUAUUGAAUUGACUAGUAAGCAGAAGGCUGUAUACGAAAGUUUGGAAGCUGGGAAAAAUGUCAUUAAAGCCAUGCAAAGUGAAAUAAAUUUGGAGGAUGUCCACAAGUUGAUGGAGGAUACAGCUGAAGCAAAGGCUUACCAAGAUGUGAGUUUUGCCCCUACCACAUACUUUUAUAUUUUUCAUCUGGAAAAUGGCAUGAAAGGUAUCCAGAAGAAGAGUUGUGAGUGUUGUCGGAUGCAAAUCGGAAAGUUUGUUUCUUCCUCCUCCCAUGAAAUAUGUUCUUCAAAAACAAAAAAUCCUCGAUAAAAUAUAUCAUUGCUGGUCCUUUUCAGUGCUUCGUACAGAACUUGCUUUCAUGUUUUAUACCGUGUUUAGCUCGUAACUCAAAGGCCGUGUAGGAGUUUCUGGAAGCACAAAGCUUCCUUGGAAAGAACAGAACAUACCUUUUGAAGGGAAGGUUCCAACCCUUUGACUUGAAAAUUUAGUUGACUCAUUUCCUUCUUGAGUGCCCCUCGGAUUACUCUUUCAGGCAAACUCAUGGGAAGUACAAUGGAGCUUUGUAAAAUGCGUGUGUUUCAUGACUUUGAGUUUAGAUUGUAGAAGAGAACUUACUCUUUGGUUUUCUAGGGGUGCUUUGGGGACCAUAAGAGAUGGUAGAUGUCCACCUGGUUCGUACAGAAUCAUAGACGCACGGCUUGCAGAAAUCAGUGAUAUUUUAUUUUUUUAUCCAUGAAUCUUCCAGUUUCCUAAACUGGGUAUGCCAUAUCUGGACACGUGCACAGGAAAAUUUCUUUUAGCUGGGAAAUCAGAAAAUCAAAAAAAAUCUUGGAUUGUGAUUUUAUCAAAAAAAAUCGGAAUAUGUAUGAUUUUAUUCAUUGCAUAUGGUUUUUUAUCCUCCCCAGAUGAUUUUUCAAGAUAAGAUCGCCCGCCAUAUCUUUUGUCAUAAAUUAGAAAAUCAAAAAAAAUCUUGGAUUGUGAUUUUAUCAAAAAACAAAUGGGAAUAUGUGUGAUUUUAUCGAUUACAGGUGGUUUUUUACCCUCCCCAGAUGAUUUUUCAAGAUAAGAUCGUCUGCCAUAUCUUUUGUCACAAAUCAGAAAAUCAAAAAAAAUCUUAGAUUGUGAUCUUAUCAAAAAAAAUUCGGAAUAUGUGUGAUUUUAUCAAUUGCAGAUGGUUUUUUAUCCUCCCCAGAUCAUUUUUCAAUAUACGAUCAUCCGCCAUAUCUUUUUGUCAUAAAUCAGAAAAUCAAAAAAAAUUAGUGGAUCGUAAUCUUAUCAAAAAUAAAUCGGAAUAUGUGUGAUUUUAUCAAUUGCAGAUGGUUUUUUAUUCUCCACGGAUAAUUUUUCAAGAUAAGAUCAUCCGCCAUAUCUUUUGUGAUAAAUAACUGUUGCUACAAUCUCUUUUCUGAUUAAUUUGUCCAUUUUAUUUCUUAAAAAUAUUUUUUUAUUUUUUUCCUCUUCAAGGAAAUAAAUGCCAUCUUGGGGGAACGCCUGUCGGCAGAAGAUGAGGAAGAGGUCUUGGCGGAAUUUGAGAACUUGGAAGCUGAGGUCCGAUUUUCUGACCCAAAAUAAUAUUUUGGGAUAUUAUUUUCAUUCCCAAAUCAUCAUCAUAUUGGGUCCUCUGAUUUUUUUAAUAUUUUAAUUUUUUCAUAGAUUUUCUAAAUUUAGUAAAUUCCGCAAAAAGAUUUACAUGUCCAUGCCGCAGAUGAGUCUCCAGGGUCUCCCGACUGUUCCCGAUGGGGUAGUGGCACCUUCCAAAUAUGUCGAAGAAAGGAAAGAGGAAAUUGUUGAAGGCGAAGAUGACGACAUUAUUCUCCCCGAUGUCCCCACCGGUGCUCCUGAAGCCUCAAAGCCCAAAAAAGGUAACUCUUCGUGACAGUUCCCAACCCUUGAUUGUUUGUGGUAGAUUAAUUCAAUGACACAUGCGUAUAAUGGAAUCUCUAUCUCUCUCCCCCCCCCCUUCUCCCCCUUACACUCUCCUCUCUCUCUCUACUUCUCUCUCUUUCUCUCUCUCCUUCUCUGUCUUUCUCUCUCUCUCUCCUUCUCUCUCUCUCUAUCCCUCUCUCUCUCUCUCCUUCUCUCUCUCUCUCUCUUUCCUCUGUCUUUCUCUUUCUCUCUCUCCCUCUCCUUCUCUCUGUCUUUCUCUCACUUGGGAGAUCUUGCUAAUGAAUGAGUGUGCACCUUAUUCUCUGUCUGUCUGUCUCUGUCUUUCUCUCACUUGGGAGAUCUUGCUAACGAAUGAGUGUGCACCUUAUUCUGUCUGUCUGUCUCUGUCUUUCUCUCACUUGGGAGAUCUUGCUAAUGAAUGAGUGUGCACCUUAAUGUGAUUUGGUGAAAUGGCAGUGUUGGAGGAGCCUGUACUAGCUUAA